AUGGUUUCUGUCAUUCUUGAGGUGACCUGCAGUUUCUUUGCCUGGCUGUCUCUGUAUGCCUUCUUCUGCUACCGGAACAAGCACCGUUCCUACGAGUGGAGCUGUCGUUUGGUUACUCUGCUGCACGGGGUGAUUGUCACCUGCCUGUCUGGUUACGUUGCUCUCCUUGAUGGCCCCUGGCCUCUAACCCAUGCAGGUUCACCAAACACACCUCUUCAGAUUCACGUGCUGUCCCUGACCUUGGGUUACUUUAUCUUUGACCUGGGCUGGUGCCUGUAUUUCCAGACAGAAGGGGACCUAAUGCUGUUCCAUCACACACUGAGUAUCUGUGGCAUGAUCAUGGUGCUGGGGCUCGGGAAGUCUGCUACAGGAGUCAAUGCUGUUGUAUUUGUUAGCGAGAUCACCAAUCCACUGCUACAGACCCGAUGGUUUCUGCGGGAAAUGGGGUGUUACCACAGCAUCCUGGGAGAGGCGGUGGAUUUUUUCUUUGUGUUCUUCUUCCUGGUGCUGCGAAUUGGGGGAGGAGCCUUGAUCAUGUAUGCAAUGGUGACAUCACCUGAUCCCAUCUGGCUUCUCAAAGCUGGAGGCCUGGCUAUGUAUGCCGUAUCCUUGGGGUUCAUGGUUGAAAUCUGCCGCUUUGUUAGGAGGAAAAUACUGAAAAAAUGUAAUUCCUGGAAAAGCAUGAGGAGUAGGAAUGCACCUGUGAAAACUAAUGGGCACUUGGCAGCUCAUUAACUGUGGCUGUGGAAGACCAUCCCUUGGGAGAGGGUCCUGGCUACUGAAGCCCGUUCCUGUGAGAAGAGCUCCUAGAAGUGAUGUGGAAUGGACUUUAUGGCACUGGGAAUGGUCUGCUACCCCAGGAGGAGACGAAGCGGCUCUAGGAACUCGGGAAAGCUAACUGAAGAGGGUUUCAAGGGGAAAACUGAGGAACUUGGCAACUGACCUGUGUUGAUUCCCUAACUUCUCCAGCGAUGGUAGAGUCUCUGAGAGGGUGGUAAUGCCAGAGCUAUUCAGUCUGCAACAGAGAAGUGCACAGUCCCUGUGUUCUGUAAUCAUCUUCUUGGAGGCAGUAUUUCACAGUGUAGAACCAGAAAAUGUAAUCUGAAAAAUCCUAUUCCACUGCAAGUGGGACCAGGUAGGGGUGUGACCUAGCAAAGCCUUACUCAGCCUCACUUGGACUUCGUUCUGCGGUUGGAAGACACACUUGACUAAGUACUUGGAUGAAGGCCUCUGAACAAGACAAAGUGCUCGCAGGGGUACAGUAAGUUGUCCUUUGAGUGUGUGAAGUGAUGGUACUCCAGGUGAGGCAGUGUUUUACCUCAUUGUUUUUAGUGACACAUUUCCUUUUUUGAAUACUUGCAUUCAAGUAGGUGCUGUUCUUAAAGCAGUGCUACUCCACUGGAAUUACUUCUGGCACUGUGCUUGUGAACAGGAGUCAAGAACUAGACUUGUGCCAAUGAACUCCGUAAGCAGGUGUUCAUCUAGCCUUGGGCUGCUUUCAAAAAUGCAGACAUUUUGUGGGUGAGAAAUGAUAGAGAGGAGCCCUGCCUGGAUGCUGUAUUGGUUCUGGGGAUGGCUUACUUACAGGUCACUUAAGCUUAAUUCAAGGUUAACAAGAGUCAAAUAAGUAAUUAUAUUUUCAGGAGUGGUAGUAAUGUUUAGGCAGAUGGCAAUGUGCCAUCUGCUCCAUACCAGCAGGUCUCAGAGUAUGGACCAGUUCUCAGGGCACUUGUAUUCCUAACCUCUCAGAGUUGUAUUCUGACUUUUCCCCUGGGGUUUUAAUGUGAAUUUCCCUGCAUUUGAGGCUGUACUUCAGAUGCCAUUUCUCCUAUAAAAGCCUCACAGCUGAUAAAUGGCCCUGUGUUGCCCUCAGGCUUAGCAAGGCUGGCUGCCUUUCCCUCCUUCCUGCUUUCAAAGACCUUGUUUAGAUGUCCUUCCUGAAGGAUUACAUAUCUUGAAGCUCUAGAAAUGCUGCUCCUAAUAAAAGGAGGAACUAAAGGCCCUCUGAAACUGCCUGUGUCACUCUUGACCAAGUGUGGUGUCACACCUAUGGCAGUGGGAAUACAGCUGCUGUGGUGAUUGGCCUUACGAGCUCCUCCAGGCCCCUUAUCUCACCGACUUUGGCACUGUUCAGUGCUGAUACUUGCUGUGGCUUGAGAGAUUAGAAAGUGGGAAAACUGGAGCCUUGCGUUCCUGAUACAUUGCUGGCAUGGCUCUGAGGGCCUGGAUUGGUGAGGUAUGAACCCUUGCCAAAGUCGCUGUGUUCUUGUGAAAAUGCCUAUGAGU